AAAUGAACCAGAUCUUACAGUUCCUUAAGACAUUAAGAGCAUUUUUUUUCCUUCUCUCUUUCUGAGUCAAUAAGUCAACUGGCUAUUAAGUGCCUACUAUGUGCCAAGUACUGUGCCUGCUCUCAAAGAGUUCACCAACCUAAGAGGCAGACAACACCUAAACAGGAUAUAUACAAGAUAAAUUGGAGCAGUCUGAGAGGGAAAGCACUAAGGUUAAGGAAAAUUGGGAGAGCCGUCUUUCUUGCAGAAGAUGAGAUUUUAGCUAAGACCUGAAAGAAUCCAAAGAAACCAAGAGGCCAGAGAUGAGGAGAGUGGGGAUAGAGUUUGCAGUCUGGAGAAGGAGUGGUGGAAUUGUGUUGUUCAAGAAACAGAAAGGAUGCUAGUGUCACUGCAGCAGAGUUAUGGAGUGAGGAGUAAGGUAUGAGAAGACUGGAAAAGUAGGAAGGAGUCAGGUUAUGAAGGGGAUUAAAAGCCAAAGAGGAUGCUACAUUUGAUCCUGGAAGUAAAGAAACCAGUGGAAUUGAAUGAAUAGGAGGAAGUUUCCUCAGCCCAUAGUUUACCCAUUUCUUGGCUCCUUAUGCCUUCCUUUCAGAAAAGGAGUACAGUGAAAAGAAGACUAAUAGCUGAAAUGUUUAUACUAUAUCUCUUUAAAGUUUAUAGACACAAAAGAAGAGAUGCGUUUCCAAUCUGUUUUUUUUUGUUUGUUGAUUGUAAAAGUUCCUCCAGAGCAGUCAUAUUUUAUUUUAUUUUAUUUAUUUAUUUUUUUUUUGGUGAGGCAGUUGGGGUUAAGUGACUUGCCCAGGGUCACACAGCUAGUAAGUGUUAAAUGUCUGAGGUCGGAUUUGAACUCAGGUCCUCCUGAAUCCAGGGCCGGUGCUUUAUUCACUGCCCCAUCUAGCUGCCCCCCAGUCAUAUUUGAAAUGUUUCUACAGAAAUGACUUAUAUGCUAAAGGUUAGGUUUGCUGUUGAAAUACAACUGAAACACACCCCUGGAUAUCAGAAAGAAAUCCCCUCAGACAACUGGAGAAAAUCAAUGUGACAGGGAGAUACCAAGCUCUAUGAGGGGAACUAACAGAACUUGCCUCAUAUAUAGUCCAUUCCAAGAUAAACCCUCUGCUCUGAUGGAAGGGAUGAAGAAGCCUGGUUCACAUAAUGACAGCCUCUGGGGAGGGACCUCAGAGGUCAUGCGGUCUAACCUUUUCUUUUUCCAGAGGAAACUCAAGCUCAAAGAGAUUAUGAAUUGCCCAAGGUCAUACAGAUUUACAUCACCCUCUUCUGAAUAUUCUCAAAAGAUUAUAAAAAGUUUAGCCCUGUCCUGACUCCAGGAGAAAGUCUUCAAAACAUUCAGACUCUAUGCCUGUAGUGGCAAUUAUCCUGCAGUAGAUUUUCAGACAGAGUGGCAACCUGUUCCUACACCUCAGCAAGUUCCUGAAAACCUGUUUCUAAGGAAGUGACAGUGCUGUACAUAGACCAUCUUUGACCAUGGCAGCGAUGAAGCGUAAACGAGUUGUGCUUACGAUCCAGGAAAAGCUGGAAAUCAUUGAAAAACUGGAAAAAGGUGGUAACACAAGGCAACUUUCCAUCAUGUAUGGAAUUGGUGAACAGACUGUUCGUGACUUAAAAAAAAGAAAAGCACAGCUACUUUCAUACGCAACUAGCUCGGGCUCUGCAACACUUCUGGCCAGACGCAAGUCCAUGAAGCAGUCUACUUACAAGGAGCUGGAUAGAGCGAUGUUGGAAUGGUUUAAUCAGCAGAGAGCUGAAGGGACUCCAGUGUCUGGGAUAAUUUGUGCAAAACAAGCAAAGGCUUUUUUUAAUGCAUUAGGAAUGGAAGGGGACUUUAAUGCCUCUACUGGUUGGCUUACUAGGUUUAAGCAGAGACAUGGGAUUAGAGAGCUAAAUUACCAAGGUGAGAAAUCAAAUGGUGAUCAGUCAGCUGCUGCUGAUUUUCGUGAAGAUUUUGAAGAAUUUACAGACAGUGAAAGGUUGCAGCCAGAGCAGAUAUACAACGCUGAUGAAACUGGGCUUUACUGGAAAUCCUUACCAGCAAGGACAUUGGCUUUUGAGAAUGAACAUCCUAUUCCAAGUCACAAACUCAAUAGAGAGAGAUUAACUGUGUUGUGUUGUGUAAAUGCAACUGGUUCUCACAAACUGAGACUGUGUGUGGUUGGAAAAGCUGAGCAUCUGCAUUUGCUUCGAGAAGCUAAUCCAUUAAAUAUGCCAGUUGAUUGUUUUAACCACAAAGAAGCUUGGAUGGACUGCACAAUUUUCAAAGAAUGGUUUGAUAAGAAAUUUGUUCCUCAGGUCCGUGAGCACUUACGAUCUAAAGGCCUUCCAGAAAGAGCUGUGCUACUUCUAGAUUAUGCCCCCUCCAAACCCAAUGAAGGUCUUCUGAAAUCUGAGGAUGGCAACAUUUUUGUGAAAUACUUGCCCCCAAACGUGGCUGCUCUAAUCCAGCCUAUGGACCAGGGCGUGAUAGCAUGUAUGAAGCGACAUUACAGAACAGGAUUAUUAAGAAAGCAUGUGCAAGAGGGGCAUGACAUAAAAUCCUUUGGGACGAAUCUGACAGCUCAGGAUGCUAUCACUCAAGCGAUUAGAGCAUGGAACUUAGUGAAGCCAGUUACAAUCAUACGAUCAUGGCGCAAAAUUAUUUCUGACCCAGAUGAAGAAGGGAUUCCAUCAGCCAGUUUACUUGGAGAUGGGCAGCAGCAGUCCAGAAGUCCCAAAAAGAGCCGUGCUGCACAUGUGGAACAAAGGCAGGGGAUCAAUUACCAUGAAGUUGGCAACCAGUUAUUGGACGACAAUGAGAUGAUAACAAGAGCCGAAGAAAUCAAAGUUGAACUGAAUGAAAGUGAAGGAGAGGAGCAGGAACUAAUUCCGGAGGGUCACAUUAGUCACAGUGCUGCAUUAAACUAUGUGGAAAUCCUGCUGGACUAUUUGGAGCAGCAAGAGGACUCGCUGAUGACUGACAAACUAGUCCUUCACCGACUACGUACAACAAUAAGGAAAAAGGAAAAUGAGUCAAUGGAACGAGUAACAGUUACCAAUUUUUUGACCAAUAAAUAAGUCCAGGCCCCAGUUUUCUCAUCUGUAAAAUGAAAGGUUUGGACUAAAUGAUUUCAGGGGUCCCUUCCUGCUCAGUUCUAGGAUGUUUAGAAUCUGUUGCAGUCCUAUUAGAGCCGAAAUUGACUUAUUACCUUGUUUUGUGUUUGUUUAUUGAAGGUAAAUAUACUAAUUAUGUAUGUAUUUGUAGCUCAAAAUACUUACAUUUUGUGCAAGGUGGCCUACUUUUAAAUAGACUAUUUAAUCUAAUAGUAUUUUUGAAUGGGUCUCCUUUCUUAUUUGUGUUUUUGCUCUCUACAAGGACUCCCCAUCACCCCUUUUGCCUCUGCCCUACAUUUCUCAGGAUAAUCAAGAAUUAACUUUGUUCUCUUACAUUAAAAGUCUAUGGAAUGUAAAUUGCAAUUCUGGAAAUGGUGGGUGUCAAGAUGAGCCAUCAGUCCUUGGAGAUAAGGGCUCAGAGGCAGCUUUUAAAAUCCCUUUGUUUGCUUCUACCACCUUAAAAUAAAGAUGACAGUUAUUCACAUUGGUUGUAAGGUGUUCAUCAUAUGCUAGAGUUGUUCUUUGCUGGUGUGCAGACCUCAUUGUACUGAAUAAUAAAUAUCCCAGCAUGGCUAAGGUAGUAGCAUGUCACAUUAAUGCAUAUAGUAAAUGACUAGUAAUAACUAUACUCAUCCAGGUCUGAUAAUUUAUGCUUGGGGAGUGGUAAAGAAAAUUAGGUUUUCUUUUAUUGUCAGGCUUCCUCUGGGUAGAAGAAUGAAACACAUUGUACCUUGCCUGACCAAUGGGUGGGCAUUUUAUAAGUGUAUUCUGGAAGCAAUGGAGGUAACAAGGGACUCUAGCUGGGAAGGCCUGGUCUCUAUUUUGAGGACUUCAUCACAUAAAGGAAUCUUUAUUUGGGUUAUUUCCUUCUUUUGCCCACUAUGGAGAGUAGUGUGUGAGCUUUGGCCUUGCAUAUUGGGACAUUAUGAAUGAAUAUGUUCUUAUUUUUUCUCAGCUAUGCCAGAAGGGGCUGGUAGAGAGGGUUAUUCCCUCUAAUUGGAACAAUAGAACAAAUAACCACACUGAUAACUCACGAGAAUCCCAGUGUUCUGAAGUAUGGGUGGCCAAAUAUGUUGGCAUCUAGCAACUCUCAACAACAGCCCUCUAUGAGUCAAAACCCAACAACAAUGGGGCAUGGAGGGGAUGGGGGAAAACAGAGUGUUAAGGAGGUGAAAAAAAACCUCUCCUUUGACUCUCUUCUUUCUGUUAUCCAAAUAAUAAACUCAUUGGAGGAGACAAGGGUUAGGGAUGUUUGAAAAACUAAAAAUAGCUCAGAAAGGUGAGGCUUCUUGGGGUGCAGGUUUCAUAGGAGUGUCCCAUAAGCACCUCAGUUAAAGUGCUUAAGCUCUUAGUAAGCACUUCAGCCUUUAUUCGUUGCUUUUUGGGGGUGUUUGGGACAUUAGAAAUCGACUCUGGGCUAUUAGUAUCUUAGUGGUAAAGUCUUGUAUAAUUUUUUUCAGUUUACUGUGUUAGACUGAGCAUUCUGAUUCUAUAAUUUUGAGUGGUAUGAAGUGAUAAUUAAAUGCUGUAUAACUACUCAAUCCUGGGAACUUUGUGAAAAUGAGACCUAUUAUUUAGUGACCAUCCCAGUGAACAAAUGUGUAAAUAAAAAAGUAAACUGAGGACCUUUUCAGAUGCAUAUGAUGUGUGAUUUAAAAAAUAAACGCAAAGGAAAUGAAGCAAACAGAAGAGAUUAAACAAUAAGCAUUUAUUAAGUGCCUACUACGUGCCAGGCACUGUGCUAAGUGCUGGUUUAGAGAUAUUUAACGAGACAGCCUAUAUUUAUUCAUUAUAAUGGGUCAACCCAGAUGGAGUCAAAAAGGUAGGAAACUUGAUCCCUAGGUUAAUUCACAGAACAGUCAUUGGCUGACAUACAUAAAUCAUAUUAGCUUUUUUUUCUCUAUGUGGCUGCAGAGAUAACCUUUAUUGCAAUAUAUGCUUUAACUUUCAUGUCUACACAUAAACACGCCUAAGGACGAGCAGCUGUCACUUGUUAUCAAAAUAUAAAUGUGCAGUGCUGUUUGGAUUGUGUACUAAGCUACAAAUACUGAAGAAAGAAACAAAAAAGCCAUUGCAGCACACCUGCUUGUCUGAAACUGUGUUACCAUUGCAAGAAAUAUUGGAACA